AUGCGUGCCUCAACCAUCUUCGCUGUCAUCACCUCCGCCCUUGUGGCCUCUUCAGCUGCUCUCCCUAUUGCAGCUGACAGCGCUCCAUCGAAGAUCAACCAGGAGAGUGGUUUCAUCUCCGCCAUCGGCUCUACCUUGGGCUCCAUCACUGGAAAUGGCAGUGGAAACAAGGGCAACUCUGCAGGCUCUGGUAACUCGGCAGAUGGAUCGGGCAACGGGUCAGCAAACCCAGGCAGCGGGAACAGCUUUGGGAACGGCAACAGCCCAGUGACGGGCUCCAACAACGGAAACAACAGUGGAAACGGCAACGGCUCCGGAAACACCGUCAAUGUAAGCCCAUUCAUCGACCCUACGAUUAAUAUCCUAUAA